CGUAUCAGCUGACAUACAUAAAGGCGAGGAGACAUGGAACGCGGUUUCUCUCUUGCAGGACCAUCUUCUAAUCCUCGUAAACGGCAGGUGCGAUUUUCAGCACGCCAUGACAUCCUGCUCCUUCGUGAAGUGAUAGCACAGAAUCCUUUCACUUCUAAAGAGUCAGGCAGGAUCUGGGCAAGGGUUGGUGAAAUUAUUACUGCAACCCUACAGGAUGAGAACUUUGAAGUGGAUGGACGGAGAUGCAGAGAGAGGACCAUGCUGCUACUUGAUUAUUAUAAAAAACAGGACUUUGCUAGUCUGCGCAGGGCCUGAUUUGUUGGUAUACAGGUUUGGUACGGAGCGCCUCUAUGCACAAAAAGAAGACCUGUUGCAUGAAGUCCUAGAGUUGGAGGCAGAGAAGAACCUUCUGACAAGUGGAGAAAGUAAAUACCAUGAUGAAGAGCUCAGAAAGAGAGCAUUGGAGGAAUUAUCAUUGCCAGAGCCUGACAAAACAGCUGCAUUGUCAGUUACAACAGCUCCACCAACUGUUGUAGCAAGUCCAGAACCUGAAGAGCAGGAGGAGGCAGAGCUUACAGCUCCAACAGCCAAACGGCCAUGUCAGUGCUGCUGCCAGACCUACUCAGAGAUCCUGAGCUUCCUGGAAAAACGCUUUGAAGCAGAACAGAGUCUGCGAGAGGAAGAGAUGGCAUUGAGAAGAGAGGAACUAGAAAUCCAGAGGAGUAAAAUUGCACUGGAUCGGGAGCGUCUUGGAGCAGAGAGAAAAGAACGGGAACGUCGGUUUGAGCUGGAGAGUCAGGAAAGGCAGGUCAUAUUAGAUUUGUUGAAAGAAAAGGUCUUAAAGAGCGAACGGAACUCUGACUAAAAUUAGAUGUUUUUAUUUUCAACAACUGAUUUUGAACUCUCCUUUUAACUAAUGCAAUGUUUUUGAUUUACCUGAUUGAUUUGGUCCCCUAUAUUAAAUAUGAAUCCAUUAUAUUACAGUUGUCGUUGCAUUGAUACAAUGAGCAAAUGCCUGGCGAAAUGCUUGAAAUCUAAAGAUUAAUUUAACACUUAGGAUAGUUAAACAAAGGAAUGGCUUAAUUAUAGAUGUAAUAAUGGCAGCACCAGUUUAAAAGAGGCUUAUAGAAAAUAUAACUUUCUGGAUUGAGAGCAAGUAGCACUACUGUGUCAUUACUCAUAGAUUGAUUGAACUGAACUGUCCUAGGACAUAACUGAUAUAUUGUUCCUUCUCAGAACAGGUAUGUUACACUGAGCUUGCAAAUAAAUAUUAACUGACCUACAA